GUUAUAACAACGGUAGAGGGAUUUGCGGCAUUUGCCAUCAGGUCAGGUUUUCUGGCGGAGCUCCUCGUCUCAGGGAUCCGGUCCAUUUUGUCUUAGCACGUGCUUUGCACCUGCCGGAUACUAGCUGAGACGAGAGGUUUCCGUCUUGGGAGGACCUGCGAUCGCCGAGGAAGGCAUCCCAGCCGCCGGGGCACACGCCGUCUUCCGUGUGGCAGCUAUUUAUCCCGGGUCGUAAAGAGGUGGCUGAUUUCGUCUCUCAAGAACACCACGAUCAUCCUUAGCAUCAUCAGAUCUUCUGAAUCUAUUCCAUGGCUUUCCUCUUCCAGAAAUUUCAGGAGGCUGUUAAAACUCUUGCAAGAAGUCCCCUGUUUGCUCGAGAUCCAAGACAUCUUCAGUUUGAAGCUGAUGUGAAUCGUCUCUUUCUUUAUACUAGCUAUAAUCGUUUGGGAAAAAAUGCUGAUGAAAAGGAUGUAAAUGAGAUUAUUGACAUGGCAAGCAAAGCCUCUGUUGCUGAUCAGCAGAAACAAGUCCAAGAAAACAUACAUCUUCAAAUUAAAAACAUAUGUAGGUCAAUGGAUGACAUUCUUAUCUGUGAUCUCAAAAGCAUCCCUGAUUCGCCUAGUUCAGCUCCACAGCUCCAGAAUGGCUCUCGAUGGAGUGGACUGGGUUUUGCCACUGGUAGAGGAGUGGCAUCUACCAAACAGUCUGCACAGGUUGUGCCCGAAACACGACCGCUCACCCGCCUGGAAUUAUCACAACGUCUGAAGGAUCACAUUGGUUACACUCUUGAAGUCAAACCAUCUCAAAUUCAUCAUGAGGAAGCUGGCCAAGGUUUAUUCAUAACUGGAGAGGCUGAUGUUGGAGCUGUCAUAGCCUUCUACCCUGGGGUAAUAUAUUCACCAGCUUAUUAUCAGAAUAUUCCUGGGUACCCGAGAAUUGAUGCUUCCAACUCCUACUUAAUUACAAGGUAUGAUGGGAUUGUUAUAAACGCACAGCCGUGGGGUAUAGGUGGUGAAACUCGACAAGUAUGGGAUGGCUUUUACCAGCCAGGAUUCAGGCCAAAUCCAUCCAAAGACAUUGAGGAGCGCUCUGACCGUUUCUGGAGAAUGCUUAGCAAGCCAUUAGAAAGCAAUUACAAAGGAAAUUAUGAAGUAGUUGAGCGUCGGAACCCUCUUGCCUUUGGCCAUUUUGCCAACCAUCCACCAGAAGGAACAAUUCCAAAUGUCAUGCUCUGCCCAUAUGAUUUCCCAAUAACCGAGAAGGAGAUGAGACCCUAUAUUCCUAACCUUGUGUUUGGAAGUGAAGAGAAUGUUACAAUGAAGAGAUUUGGAACCUUUUGGUUUAGAUCUCGUGGUUCUGGUGAUUGCAAGGGUGAUAUAGCUGUCUUAAAGACAAUUGUGCUGGUGACAACAAGGGAUUUAAGUGAUGAAGAACUGUUUUUGAACUACAGGCUGAGCAAUCAAAAGAGACGGCCAGUUUGGUAUACUCCAGUUGAUGAAGAAGAAGAUCGGCGAAGAUGGAGCUAAGUUUAGGAUAUUUAUUUUUUGGAUCUGGUAUGUUGCUCUACAGUACGCUGUGUAUGGUUUAUCUUAUUGCUUGUUUUAAUUGUAGGGAGUUCCAUAGAAAGGUGGGUAAGAACCUAACUGGCCCAUUUUUUUCUAACCAAUCAUCUCAAAUGAAAGAACCAAUCACAGAAUUUUCCUGCGGCGUCAUGACACAGCCUGAGGUUUUUUAAUAUUUGAAAUGAGAAAUAAGCAAGCAAGACAGCCAUCCAGGGUAGUGGUCACAGUUUUCCCUGGCUGAAUUCUGAGUUGCUAGUUUUUUCAAAAUAUUUAUGUGUGACCAAGUAAUACAGAUAGUGGCAAAAAUAUUAUAGUGAAAACUUGUGGUAGCAACUUUGUAAUGACUAUUGUACACCCAUGUUGCAAUUGCUUUUAAUGAACUCUACUUGUAAGAGCUUAAUGACAUUUUCAUGAUAUAAUGAGGCAAUCAUAGGUAGUUAAUUACAA